AUGGUUUACGAUCAAUCCGAAAAUGAGACGUUGCUACAACCAUCAUUAAGAUCAAGAUCAACGUUAAAAAGAGUCUUAUAUUGUUCACCCUUGAACAUUCUCCUUUUUCUGUUCCCAUUUGGAUUGCUUGUUGAUUACUUAGGAUGGUCUGCUUUAUGGGUGUUCUCCUUCAAUUUCCUUGUGAUCAUUCCCUUGGCCGCUAUUCUUUCAUAUUCUACUGAACAACUGAGUGAACGGGUAGGGCAAACUUUGGGAGGCCUUUUGAAUGCAACAUUUGGCAAUGCAAUAGAACUGAUUGUAUCACUAAUUGCUAUUCGCCAAAAUCAAAUUCGAGUUGUUCAAGCAUCGAUGCUUGGGAGUAUUCUGUCGAAUCUUCUUUUGGUUCUUGGUUGUUGCUUUGUUGCCGGUGGCUACAACCGAGAGCAGCAGAGGUUCAAUCAAACGGUAGCUCAAACAAUGUCAUCUCUUUUGGCUCUUUCGAUGAUUGGUCUGUUACUACCUGCUGCUUUUCACGCUUCGUUACCUAGAACAGCAUACAAUGAAGAUCAAAUCCUAAAAUUAUCGCGAGGAUCGGCACUCAUCCUGCUGCUAAUGUAUGUGUUCUUUCUUGUUUUCCAACUGAAAACUCACAAGCGGCUAUUUCAAGAGGCAGAAGGUAGGGAAGAUGACGCCUUAUCCGAAAUGUCUCUCCAAGAAAAGCCACUAGAAGUUAAGUGGGCGCUAACCACUUUGUUGCUAGCGACGUUAUUGGUGAGCAUAUCUGCAGAUAAAUUAGUUGGAUCUAUCGACGACAUUGUGGCCUCUACCGGAGUCUCCAAAACUUUCAUUGGUCUAAUUGUGAUACCUAUCGUCGGAAAUGCUGCGGAGCACUUUACUGCCGUUGUCGUGGCCUAUAAAGACAAGAUGGAUCUCGCAGUUGGUGUAGCUGUAGGCUCGUCUCUUCAAAUCUCCCUAUUUGUUACCCCGUUUAUGGUGCUAGUCGGUUGGGUGAGUGGUACACAGAUGUCUCUGUUUUUUUCAACGUUUGAAACUGCAGUCAUGUUCGUAGCAGUGUUGAUAACAAAUUAUUUGAUUUUAGACGGAGAAUCGAAUUGGCUAGAGGGUGCAAUGUUGCUGAGCACCUACCUAAUUAUUGCACUAGCAUUUGUGUACUAUCCGGAUACACUGGGCUCGUAA